CCGCUUCCACGUUUGGUCACAUUCCCGCCAUCAUAUGGUGUUACUGGGAGCAUAUGCUGUAUCCAUAGUAGAAACAACACUAAACCGAUGGGAUUGUAAGACCGGAUAUAUAGUUUUUGUUAUUCUGGAGAAGUAUCUAUAAUAACAGAAGGACGUAAGGAAUUGAAGAGACCAGGCAUGCUAAGCAGAGUUUAAGAGCUCUAAAAUUUGUCACAAGUGUGCCUCGUCAAGCUUUGACUGGAUUUUCCUAUCAGCUUAGACUAUGUCAUCAGUCCUGAAACUGUCUGGCAGUGUAAGGAUAUCUAACUUACAGCUAGGAACUACAAAAUGGAGGGAAGGCGGAUUUGAGAUCCUUGAAAAAGAAACCAAAGUCAGUCUGUUGGUGUGGUUCACUAGUGGAGGUCUAACACAGUCUUUUCAGCUGAACCAAAAUAUAAAGAAAGUGAAUUUGGGUCCAAAGCAGCAUCAAUGCCGACUUCAGGUAAUCCUAAAAGAUUCAUGCAGCCUUAUGAUAGAUAAAGCACCUUUGGUGAUGGCUCAGAAGUUCAAGGACUAUUUGGAGAAGCUAAGAAUGGGAAAACAAACAGCAUUGAAACAGUCCCAGGGAUCUGUAAGCUUCGGAGGUGUGCUUGGAAACCGAGCUAUACAGAAUGAAUCCAGUCAACAGAUACAAAGUAUUGAACGACAGACUCCUCCUAGGAGAUUAAGCUUAGAUGAGACUUUGCUGAGGAAACAUCUGACAAGUCCUAAUCGGGGAUCAAGCACUCCAGUCCGGACAGGCCUAUCUGAAAACAGGACUGAAAAAAGAAAACGCUUGCGGGCUCCUGAUGGUGAGCUGAAUGAGGAUUACCCCAAGGAAAAUGACUCUUCAAGUAACAACAAGACCACGUCAGAUUCUUCACGGAAGUUUCUUGCAAGUUGUAAAGAAAAACAACAAAACUUGAAACAGGCUGAGGAAAACAGGAUUUCAGGAGCAAUGCCUUUGCAAACAUCAUCUUUUUAUAGCAGCAGAGGGAUUUCAAAGGACUACUGUCAGGGCAGUUCCAUGUUAGAACGGUCUGUUAAUGGAAGUCCGGUUCAGUCAACUAAAAGGAGUUUGGGUUUCAUGACCCAGUCUGUUCCAUUUAAAAAAGUGAAAUUAAGUCAUGAUUACACAGGAUGGACCAAACCAAAAAAUUCUUCUCUUGUACAGUCCCAGCCUCAGCUUCAAGGGUUUUCCAAUUUGGGUAAUACAUGCUACAUGAAUGCAAUUCUACAAUCCCUUUUUUGUCUCCAGUCAUUUUCAAAUGACUUACUAAAACAAGGGAUUCCAUGGAAAAGGGUUCCACCAAAUUCACUACUCAGGCGUUUUUCUCACCUCCUUGCCAAAAAAGAUUUAUGUAGCCCGGAUGUUAAGAAGGAGCUCUUAAAGAAAGUAAAAAGUGCAAUUUCCACUACAGCUGAGAGAUUUUCUGGCUACAUGCAAAAUGAUGCUCAUGAAUUCCUAAGUCAGUGCUUAGAUCAGCUCAAGGAAGAUGUUGAAAAAGUCAAUAAAAGCUGUAAAAGUGAUUUCCAGCCUGUGGAAGAAGUACAAAUGGGUCGACCAGGAGAAGUGGCUGCUUCACGAAUUUAUACUUGCCCUGUUGUUGCCAAUAUGGAAUUUGAGGUGCAGCACAACAUUACCUGCAGAGUCUGUGGAGAAACUGUUACAAAGAGGGAACAAUUUAAUGAUUUGUCGAUUGAUCUGCCUCGUCGAAAACAAACUCUUCCACUGAGAUCCAUUCAGGAUUCCCUUGACCUUUUUUUUAGGAUGGAGGAGAUUGAGUAUUCAUGUGAAAAAUGCAGUGGAAAAUCUGCAUCUGUUUCUCAUAAGUUCAGCAAACUUCCCAGAAUUCUCAUUCUUCAUUUAAAGCGAUAUAGUUACAACGCACACCUUUCGCUUAAUAGCAAGUUAGGUCAACAAGUCCUUAUUCCUAAGUACCUGACCUUACUCUCGCACUGUACAGAAUCUACUAGACCUCCUCUUGGUAUUGGAUGGAGUGCACAAAAUGCAGUGUAUCGAACGCUGAAAACGUCACAAGCCCUGAAUUCUAAUGCAUUUAAUCAAAUUCGGAAAUACAGUAUUAAACAGACAAGCCCUAGUUUUGUCAUUUUUGACUCUGAUAGUGAUGAAGAAGUGACUAGAAAAGCUGCUUGCCGUAGUCAUCGUCGCAGUGAAUCUUUACCAGAGGAAGACCGAUCAGAAAAGGCCAACUUACAUCCAGAUCAACUUACAACCAGUCAGUCGGAACCAAUUGCGGUCUCUCGACAAAGUAUUACAAUUGAAAACCGUGAGACUAGUUAUGAAGGAAUAAAUGAUGAGGAGAUGCUUGCGGCUGUACUUGAGAUGAGCCAACAGGAAAAUGUUCCAUCUACUAUAUCAGGACUUGGAGUGGGUGAGCCAACUAGCAGCCCUGACACAGGAUUUGGAGAUGUAGAUGGAAAUGAUUCUUUGAAACAAGGGGAUUCAUUUGAUACAGAUGGGCCCACAGCUGAAGAAGUUUCAGACUUGAUCAACCUUGCGAAAGAUUUAGAUGAAAACAAAGAGAACCAGACUCCUGAGGAUGCCCAGGGAGAAUUUGACUGGGUGCAGCAAUACAACAUUGAACAAGAUCGGGAGGAACAGGAAUUGCAGCAAGCAUUAGCCCAAAGCUUGCAGGAUCAAGAAGCACGGGAAAUGAAAGAAGAAGAUGAUUUAAUACGAGCCACUGAGUUGAGCCUUCAAGAAUUUAAUAAUUCCAUGCAUGAAUGUUCAGAUGAAGACUCUGGGAAUGAGGAUAUCCUGGAUAUGGAGUAUAGUGAGGCUGAAGCAGAAGAGCUGAAGAGAAAUGCUGAGACUGGAGACUUGCCGAAUUCCUUCAGACUUGUCAGUGUGGUCAGUCACAUUGGAAGCAGUUCUUCUUCUGGUCAUUACAUCAGUGAUGUUUACGAUAUAAAAAAGCAAAGUUGGCUGACAUAUAAUGAUCUAGAUGUAACAAAAACCCAAGUAUCUUCUAUUCAAAGGGACAGAGACAGAAGUGGCUACAUUUUCUUCUACAUGCACAAAGAUAUAUUUGAGGAGCUGCUAGAGGCUGAGAAGAUUUCAAGUGGAAGAUAGAGAUAAAGGUCAAAAGACAUCCUACAAAAAUGCUUAUUUGGUUGCUGAAUAUGGACUAAUAUGAAUAUUUUUAAGAGAACUACUGAUAAUUAUUCUCCCUUUGUCUCCUGGGGAAGUUUUUU